ACAGUGAAACUAAAAACUAAAAAGAUUAGAUUUCAGACAAAGAUUUUCUCGAGAUCGGAGAAUAAGAAAAAUGAAGUUCGGGAAAGAGUUCUCGUCGCAAAUGGUGCCGGAAUGGCAUGAAGCUUACAUGGAUUAUGAUUACCUCAAAUCUCAACUUAAAGAAAUCAUUAAAUUCAAACGCAAAACCAAUCCUCACGGUGGUCAUCAUCCUCAUCAUCAUCAUCACUUACUUCACCGGAAAAUGACUCUUCACCGAGCAUUCAGUGGUUUAGUCUCCACGUCGCCGAAAAAAAAGAAACAACACCACGGACACGGCGGAGGACACGGACACAACGGUGCUGGUCAGAUCGGACAUUUCUCAGAUUCUGAUGAUGACAUCGAGGAAGGAAUUAAACAUGUCACUGCGCCGAUUCUAAUAAACUCGGCGAGUCAUGGAUACGAGACAACGUUUUUAAUGGCGUCGGAGGAAGGAGGAGAGUACGAGACGGUGUUUUUCCGGCGGUUAGAUGAUGAAUUCAAUAAAGUAGAGAAAUUUUAUAAAGAGAAAGUUGAGGAAGUUAUGAAAGAAGCUGUGAUGCUUGAGAAGCAAAUGGAUGCUUUAAUUGCGUUUAGGGUUAAAGUUGAGCAUCCUGAUGGUUGGCCAUGGGAGGAACGUACGGUGGAGAUGACUCGAUUAGCUUCUGAUGUUGCUAUUUCUGCGGCGGCCGUCGCUGCUUCUACUCCCGCCGGUGCUAGAUCCAUGAAGGUUGGAGCUCAAGCUCACAUGGAGGCGAUACAGGAAGGAGGAUCAAGCAAAGCUGGUAAAUCCUCUGACGAAGAGGAUGAUGAAAAUGACGAUGAUGCAGAGAAAGAAGAAGAUAGCGGCGUCUCCGGCGAAGUGGCCGGUGACGUGAGAAAGAUGAAAGCUGCGAGGCUACCUCCGAUUGAGGUUUUGGAUCGUGUCAAGUUCAACCAUACGAAGGAAACACCACGAUCCACCAUUAAAAGUGUUCUCCAAGCCUCGAAUUUGACGGAGCUUAAAUUUAGCAGAGAGAAUCUGAGGAAAGUCGAAGCUAAGCUCAGACGAGCCUUCGUUGAGUUUUACCAGAAGCUUCGGCUACUCAAAAGCUACAGCUUUUUGAAUGAAUUAGCGUUUUCGAAGAUAUUGAAGAAGUAUGAUAAGAUAACUUCAAGGCAUGCUUCAAAGUCUUACAUGAAAAUGAUUGAUAACUCUUACCUUGGAAGCUCUGAUGAUGUUACGAGACUCGUGGAGCGUGUUGAAGCUACAUUUAUAAAGCAUUUUGCGAAUGCUAACAGGAGAAAAGGAAUGAACAUCUUGAGACCGAAAGCUAAACGAGAGAGACAUCGAAUUACAUUCUCCACAGGUUUCUUGGGUGGAUGUGUGUUUUCUCUAGUAGUGGCUCUAUUCGCGAUCAUACGAACCCGAAACAUUUUGCAGGAGGAAGGCCAGAAACAGUACAUGAACACUAUGUUUCCUCUUUACAAUUUGUUCGGGUUCAUCGUUCUGCACAUACUUAUGUAUGCUGGUAACAUAUACUAUUGGAGGCGGUAUCGAGUGAAUUACUCUUUCAUUUUUGGGUUCAAGCACGGUACUGAACUUGGUUAUAGACAAGUUCUAUUUGUGGGAUUAAGCAUUGGAGUCUUUGCACUUCUUUGUAUUCUUGCCAAUCUUGACAUGGAGGUUGACCCCGAAACUAAAGAUUACCAAGCAUUAACUGAACUUCUUCCUCUUUUCCUGCUCACUGCUAUGUUUGUAGUUCUAGUCUUACCAUUCAACAUCUUCUACCGCUCGAGUCGCUUCUUCUUCCUCACAUGCCUCUUUCAUUGCCUUGCUGCUCCUCUUUACAAGGUAACUUUACCUGAUUUCUUGGUGGGUGAUCAGUUAACAAGUCAGGUGCAAGCUCUUCGGAGCAUCCAAUUUUACAUAUGUCACUACGGUUGGGGAGAUUACAAACAUAGAAUAAACACUUGCACAGAGUUAGAUGCCUACAAUGCUUUCUUAUUCAUUGUUGCUGUCAUCCCAUACGUCUCUCGUCUCCUUCAGUGCUUGAGGCGACUGUUUGAAGAGAAAAAUCCAGAACAAGGAUACAAUGGCCUCAAGUACUUCUUGACUAUAGUGGCCGUCUGCUUGAGAACGACUUACAGUGUCGACAAGGAUAAUCAAUUUGCCUGGAGAAUAUUAGCUGGGAUCUUCUCAGCUAUUGCUGCCAUUUUCUGUACUUAUUGGGACUUAGUCUAUGACUGGGGUCUUCUAAACAGAACAUCUAAGAACCCUUGGCUCCGUGAUAAACUCCUUGUCCCGCAGAAGAAAGUAUACUUUAUCGCAAUGAUCUUGAACAUCUUGCUCAGAUUCGCGUGGCUUCAGACCGUGCUGGAUUUCAAUUUCUCCUUUAUGCACAGACAGACGAUGGUUGCUGUUGUUGCCAGUCUAGAGAUUAUCCGCCGUGGGAUAUGGAAUUUCUUCAGGUUAGAGAACGAGCAUUUGAACAAUGUUGGGAAGUAUCGAGCAUUCAAGACGGUUCCAUUACCGUUUAACUACGACGAGGAUGACGACAAAGGCAACUAGUUUUUUCAGUUUUCUAGUCUUAGAUUAUGUAAAGUCGGAUUCUCAUCCACAUCGAGUAGGGGGAAGAGAAGGAUUGGAUUAGACUAAAGCUGGUUCAUUGAG